CCCGGGCAAGAAGUCAGCGAGAUUCAAAAUUAUCAAAGCAUUUCUGCGGAAUGCCCCCAGUUUUCCUCGCCCUCCGAAGACUGUAGGACCGGAUCAGAGAUGUGCGACUCGGACCUGGUGCUAGCCCUGCAGUUACAGGAGCAGUUUGACAGAGAAAUGGCGGAAAAUGUGGCGUCGUCUGACGGCGAAGGCGGGCCUUUAGUUCUCGCUGCCGGCGGGCCUGUUGUCGUCCCCGGUUCGGGUAGCGGUUGUCCUCCGCCCGGGGCCCGGUCGCUGUCGAUCGUGGACCAGUCGUGGGAGCUGACCGACCCGAACCCGAACGUGCACGCCCUGUUCCUGGAGUUCAACGCCACGUACUUCUGGGGCAAGCUGGACUGUGUGGAAGUCAAAUGGAGCCCGAGAAUGACAUUAUGUGCAGGUUUGUGCUGUUACGAGGGAAGAGGCGGUCUGUGCUGUAUCAAGUUGAGUCUCCCGCUUCUCAAGCUCCGACCCAGGAAGGAUUUGGUAGAAACACUGCUGCAUGAGAUGAUCCACGCCCUGCUCUUCGUAACACACAACAACAAGGACCACGAUGCACAUGGCCCAGAGUUCCAUAAACACAUGCACAGGAUUAACAAACAGGCAGGAACAAACAUCUCUGUUUACCACAACUUCCAUGACGAGGUGGACGCGUACCGGCAGCACUGGUGGCGCUGCGACGGGCCGUGCCAGAAGUGGCGGCCGUACUUCGGGAUCGUCCGCCGCGCCAUGAACCGUCCGCCGUCCGCCCGGGACCCGUGGUUCGCCGACCACCAGCGCAAGUGCGGCGGGACGUACCACAAGAUCAAGGAGCCGGAGGGGUACGGGAACAAGAAGGGGGGGAAGCGGAAGAAGGACCAGGAUACUGGAGGAGGAGAAGGAGCCGGUCCAAGCAAGAAGCCGGCCAGUACCACCAGCUAUGGUAACAUAGAGCUGUUCGCAGGAAAAGGUUUCAUCCUCGGAACAAAGUCAGGGUCAUCAGCUGCAGGCAAAGGACCGAAUUCUACUCAACGUCUUCCUUCUGCAAGUACAAGUACAAGUUCAGGUUCAAGUGCAAGUUCUAUAAACAGGACAGGUGGCAGCAGUCAGUCAACAAUCAGCAAACCUCCCGCUCUUCCCAGACUCUUAGGUACAUCAGCAGACAGUACUUCUAAACCGACUACAUCCGUUUUGUCUAUUAAGUCUGAUAAUGUGCUGAAUGGACAGCAGAACUCAGGAAGCAGACAUAAAGGCAAGCUUACUCCAACCAAAGACGGUGCUGAUUCAUUACCCAGGCCAACUGGAAGUAGGCAGAAAACCGACAGCUCUAAAAACCUCAAGAUCACCGACAUGUUCGGUCAGACACAGCCAAAGCAAAAGCAGACAGUGCAGGGACAGGACAAGCCAACAUGUUCAGGACUGACUUCAGAUGUGCACAGUUCUUCACAGAGUGGUUCUGGUAAGAACGGUGCAGGACACACGAACAGUUCUGAUGCUCAAACUGAGGCUUUGGUGAGCUGUCCUGUCUGUGGAGAACAACUUCCAGUGGCAACGAUUAAUCAGCAUCUGGACGUGUGUCUGAACUGAUCAGUGCCUUGAAUAAUACAUAUUUUAAAAUAAAGUUUAUCCAAAUGGUGCAAUUAGAUUAUGAUGAUUUUAAUCACCCUAAUGACAUUGUCAGAGCAUAUACCAGUAUCUUGACUUGUGUCUCAACUAAGCAGCAUCUUCCUUGAAUAGUUUCAUCAGGUUGGUAAGACACUGAGUAAAGAGACUCUGUUUACACAACCAAGUCUUGUAUUCAGCCGACGUUUCGGUGACC